UUUUCAAUAAGUAUAAAACUACAGAAAAUAUCUCCACAUAUUAUUCCGUGGUUCAACUCUCUACAAGUAACACCACCAAAGCAGCCUCAAAAUGAACAGUUGGAUUGUCUUUGUGGGCUUAAUCGCCGCAAGCAGGGCUGGUUUAAUUGGAGGAGGACUAGGUGGAUUAGGGGGUGGAAUUGGAAUUGGAGGAAUUGAAGCAGUAGCUGCUCCAGUUGCCGUAAAGGCGGUACCCAUCGCAGUAAAAACUGUUGCUCUGGCUCAGUCUUACCAAAACAACAAUCAAAUAAGUGUGAAGCCCAUUCCGGUGGUGGCCCAAAUAAAAACUAUUGCUGCUGCCCCAAUCGCCAUAGCUGCACCAAUUGCAAUUAAAGGUGGUGUUGGUCUUGAGGGUCUUGGAGGUAUAGGAGGUCUUGAUGGUAUUGGAGGCAUUGGAGGUCUUGGGGGCCUUGGUGGAAUAGGACUUGGAGGUGUUGGACUCGGAAAAUUGUAGAUAUUAAAAAAUAUUGUGAAUAUUGUAAAAUAGAUGAGCAACUUUUAAUUUAUAAUUUUUUAAAAAAUUAAUAUACAUGUUCAAUGUU